AGUGGCUGCGAGGAAAGGCCCGAGGCGGGGCGGCCAAGCGGCGGAGCUGGCCCUGAGCCCUCCACAGGUCGGUGCCGGGAGGGAGGCGGGGAAGAAGGGCCAGGGCUUCGCCCCGGCUCCUAAGGGAAGGGAGCUUUGCUCCUUCUGCGCCGAGCCACUCCGCGCUUUUUUGCAGCCCUAGCAGGGCAGAAGGGCGGCUGUUCCCAGCUCCUCUCCCUCAGGAGCAGCCCCCUGGCCCUUCUUCGUCUGCCUCCGCGCCCCAUCUCCCUGGCGCGACCUGCCUUGGAUCGGCUCUCGGUUUCUUUCUUGACCUUCCCGUUCCCUGCUCGAGAGGUUGGGCUCUUGUGGCUCCGGACGGGCUUUGAACCACCGGCAGGCGUUCGAGUAAAACUACCCGGCAGUGGUGGGGAGCGGCACCUGCGUCUGAGGGGUCGGAAAAAUACACUUUCCUCUCAGGGUUCCCAGCGUUUUCCUGCCAGGACUCCUGCGUAGUGAGUGGCCCUUCGGAUGUGCUUUUGAAGGCUGUGGUUGCUCUUUCACCACCUCUAAUAUACACAAAGUCCAUAUUUGGACACAUCUUGAUGAGUGACCGACCAUCCAUGUGCUCAGAGCCCAAAUGUGAGAAAGGGUUCACAAGUACCACCAACUACAAGAACCACAUAAGCAUUCACACAGGGGAAAAGCCAUAUGUGUGCCCUGUACCAGGCUGUGGAAAAUGCUUCACAGAAUAUUCUAGCCUCUAUAAAAACCAUGUGGUCACACACAUUGCAAACCAUACUCCUGCAAUACAGGCUGUUCUGCCUCAUGAAGACUUGCGGAUAUUUAGCAGCAAUAUUGCAAUGGCAGAAAAGACUGUCACAACAAUACUACUGCCCAAGAAAACGGUUUCAAGGAUUGUUUCAAAUCCUGUGAAUUUGGUCAAUAACCAUGGGACUGUAGUUCAUCUGCACAACAGAACAUCAAAGAUACCAUCAAUAUGGCAACUGCAACAAUUUAGCAGGAGUCUGCAGCUCUUGAAGCAGCCGCAUCAAACAAUGAAUGCUGAUAUCUCGCAGAAACUAGGAGACGGGGAGAGGAGUGCUCUACUUAAGGAACCACAGCUGGGUAGACAAGCGGAGCUUUCACAACUGCCAGUUCAAAAUCUAAAUGCUGGGUAACCAGCCAUCAAGACUUUGACAGGGCAGUUAUUAAUUGGUGUCAUGUAUGCAAAAUGAAUGAUAGAUAACUGACCAGCACAAUCAAUGGAUUUUUUUUGGAUUAUACCUUUUUGAUUAAAUGACCUUCCUACUGUUGAAUAUCAUCGUGUAUGCUGACAGAAUUAUCUUCAAUGAGCUAAACUAAGUACAAAGUCAAAAACAUGGAGUUAACUUGUAAUAACUUUAGAAAAAAAAAGGCUUAUUAACUACAGAUGUUAGUAUUUCAGUAGCAAAGGUCAAAAUAAUAGCAUUUGAGUGAAAAAAGAAAGAAGGUUGUUUGUCUUACAUAUUCCAGGCAUGUUUCUUUAGCUUUGAAGAACGUUUCUAAAUUAGGUAAACCAGCCCCUAAAGCUGGAUGGCAUGGAUGCAAGUGUGGAUGGAGGGAGAGGAAUCAGAUAGCAUGUGCUCAGGCCCUUCUUCAAGGAAGAAGGCACACAACAGAGAGGAGGGGCAGGAAGUAACCAAUGGGCAAUAGCAUCCCAAUAGCAGGGUAGUAGAACUGAGUGAUUGGCAGAAUCACCCACUGCAUACUGGGACACCAUUGAUUUGCAUAUUCCAACACCUGCAAGCACUACAGUGUAUUUCAUGGACACUUUAAUAAAUUUCUGGAGGAACACCUGUCCCAUUAUUUUGAACUCACCCUUCCAGUUUCCACUGAAUGUUAAUGGAUUAAGCACUUAAAUUAAACUGUCCAUUUUGUGAACUGAAACGCUUUCAAAAGAUGAUAGUUUUGCACUGCACUUCAGCAGCAGGGACUGUUACCAUUUCAUACCUUCUAGCAGGUAAAGGUGUUUUUAGCUAAAUGCCUUAAGAAGGAUUGCAGCUGGCUGGGUGCUAUCUAAUUUCCUUGCACUAGGACAUAUGGGUUGAAAUCCUGCUCAUCAGGCCUCAUUAUAUGUCAUUAUAAAUGUGCUGGGUAUUCCGCAUUGGCAACAAGGACUGCACAACAUGAUUAUAUAAUCCAACACGAUUUCAGCUGUUUUGUAUGAGCACAGAAGUAAUAAAGAAAUCGUCAGUGGUCAUUCCAUAAUGCAUAGCACUGGGAGAGAGUAAAUAUUUCUGUGAUGGCUCUGUUUUAUUCAUUUUCACCUUCAAUGAAUAUUCAAAGCAUCAUCAAUAGUGAAAUAAACUGAAGUAGG